UUAGCUGUAGUGUCAUGCAAGCUUGUCCCAGGAGUCAUUGAAGCAUUGUGGAAGUACUAUCAGAACGAAAACAAAGAUGUGAGGCAUGUAUGGCUUUCAACAGGAGUAGAUCACUUCCACUCAUCUUUGGGCGACAGAGGCUGGGGUUGCGGUUACAGGAAUUUCCAGAUGCUCCUUUCCUCACUGUUGCAAAACAGCUUGUAUAAUGACUGCUUGAAAGAUACUGCACUGAUUCCUAGUAUACCAAAGAUUCAGUCCAUGAUUGAAGAUGCCUGGAGAGAAGGCUUUGAUCCUCAUGGAGCAUCUCACUUCAACAACAGAUUACAUGGUUCCAAAGCAUGGAUAGGAGCAUGUGAAAUUUAUUCACUGUUAACAAGUCUCAGGAUAAAGUGUCAAAUCAUUGACUUUCACAAACCAACUGGUCCUAUGGGUACACACCCUCGUUUAUUUGAGUGGAUUUUACGUUACUAUUCUAUAGAUAAUGAAGGUGGUGCAAAGGUAGUGUGUACUUCCAAACCACCCAUCUACUUGCAACAUCAAGGUCAUAGUCGUACUGUUGUUGGAAUAGAAGAAAAGAAGAAUAAGACCUUAUGCUUGCUGCUGUUUGACCCAGGAUGUCCUUCCCAAGAAAUGCAGAAACUGCUAAAACAAAACAGUGAUGGUACUAGUCUCAAACUACUUCGGAAGUUUGUGGGUAACUUAAAAGAAAAGCAAUACCAGAUAGUGGCUGUAGAUGGUGUACUCUCAUUGGAAGAGAAAGCUGCUUGCUGCCAUGCUUCUCAGGUCUUAACUUCAGAGAAGAUUCCUUGAAGAAUGCCUUUAUUACCUCUUUUGGAAUCUGCUGGAUGCAAAACAUUAAACUUCUGGACUGUGAC